AUGGCGGGGAAACGUCUUGGGGAUUCUCAAGAUCGUGCAAACGAUCUUCUGUGCAUGGGAACAAGGAUUGUAACUUGCGUUGCCAAUAAAGAUCGCGAGGCGAAGAUGUUGGACGACUGGGGAUUUGCCGUUCUGUUUCGCCGGUUGUCUAUGAUUGCUCGGACGGCAUCGUACCGAGGUUUCCUUGGUAUUGUUCCCGUCGGUAUGUCGAGUCCUAGCUGCGGGCUCUUUCGUAUAUCUCAGACUCCUACGCUUUGUACGCAACUAAUGCAUCCUGCAUCGUGCUGUGCUGGCCCGGCGUGUGUACACUCUAUUUCAAGGUUCCGGUCAAAAUCAGAGAACGAUCGAAAGGCACUCUCGCUUCGAGGAACAUGGAAAUCUCAGCCACCUGAACCGUCAAAGCGAGGGCAGCAGCAGCUCGAGCAGAGUGUCGAGAGAGUGGCGCGCGUGACGGCAGAGAUUGCCACGUCGUCAAGGGAGCGAGGUUGCUACCGUUCGACCACGAUACACACAUCUCACACAGCAGCCAGCACUCUGCUCCUCCUCCCCCUCCUCGUCUCCCUCGCCUUGUUUGCUUCCUUCUCUCUACUUUCCCUUCUCUCUCUCCGCCGUCCCUGUCCGAACCCCGGCACCGCAACGAGAGAGCGAACGCAGGGUGUGCCAACGUCACGCACACUCUUGCCCGCCGUCCAAGAGAAACACCACCCCCAUCGACCUCGUCCUACGUGGGUUACGUCGUGGACAGUAUCCGUCCAUCCUCCCCACCGACCUCCCCGACCUCGCUCCAUUCGCCCAUCCUACCAACCACACACCUCCUACCUCCUCGCGUACCACACCGCUCACACCUCACACCUCGGUCUCCUCUCUCGCCGGCUCUCGCUCGCACUACCAGUCUCCGCCCUCGUGCUAGUGGUCGAACGAAACGAGCGAAAUACGAAGACGACGAGCGAAGAAGACGAACAAGGACAAAAGGGAGAAAAAGAGGUCGCUGUCCAUCGAUUCAACAUCCUCGUCGCGACCUAUCCCGCCAGUCUACAUAGCCUCUAG